UAGCGUCGUACUGGUUUCAUUAAAUUCAGGAAAACAAAGAAGUUACUAUUUUUUCAACUACAUUUUUUACGUACGAAGCGACUAACAUGCCAACGAAGUAUGAGAAUACUGCGGCCAAUCAGACCGCCUGUAGCCCUGGAAUGGGCACGUGACGAGCCGAAGCGGGGCUGCUGUCCCAGCAUGCUUUGUGGCGACAGUGGAUGGUCACACUUUCACCGUGUUAAUUAAUUAAUUAUGCUGAUUGCUCGGCGUGUGCAGUGCACCUGUAGCGACCACACCCGCACCUGGACCAACACUGCUAGCACAGACUGGUGGGAGCGCGUGGCCAUGCAAGAGUUCGAGCCACAGGAUUGGCUGGACAAGUUCCGCAUGAGCAGAGACACCUUCUUUUAUCUGUGCAACAAGUUGAGGCCCCGACUGGCGCGCCAGGACACGCAUUUUCGGUUGGCACUCCCCGUGGAGAAGCGCGUGGCUGUGGCACUGUGGCGCCUGGCUACCAAUGUUGAGUACCGCACCAUCAGCGCACUCUUUGGUGUGGGACGCUCCACCGUCUGCAAGUGUGUGCGUGACGUGUGCCACGCCAUCGUGGGGCUGCUCCGCCCACUCUACCUGCGGCAGCCCAGUGAGCAGGAGCUGGAGGAUGCCGCCCGGCUUUUUCACAGGCGUUGGGGAUUCCCACACUGCAUGGGAGCUGUGGACAGUCUGCAUAUCGCCAUUGUGGCACCUUCAAGCAACGCAGCCAGCUACUGGAACAGCGCCGACUGGCUGUCGGUGGUGCUGCAGGGCGUGGUCAAUGGACUGGGACAGUUCUGGGAUGUGUGCGCCGGAUUCCCCGGGAGCACCGAUGACGCCGCCAUCCUGCAGAACUCGGCCCUAUGGGCCGCGGCCAGCGAGGGCAGUCUCUCCCCGCAGCCUCCACGCCCCUUCAUGGGCCGGCCACUCCCGUACGUGCUGCUGGGUGAUGAGGCUUACCCCUUGCAGAGCUGGCUGCUCAAGUGCUACCCCGAGUCCCCGGAGCUCACCCCAGCUCAGCAGGUCUUCAACCAGCAGCUGAGCCGGGCUCGCAGUGUGGCAGACAGCGCUCUCCUGCGGCUCAAGGCUCGCUGGCAGUGUCUACACAAGCGCAACGACUGUAGCCUGGACCUGGUGCCCACCAUGAUCCUGACCUGCUGCAUCCUACACAAUGUGUGUGAGGUGCACAGGGAUGCCUUUGUCGAUGAGUGGCUUGAGGCAGUGAGCGACGCCAAAUGCUCCCAACCCACCAGCUCCGUUCCUGCCUUGGCGGACGACCCCACCGCAGAGGAAGUCCGGUCACUGUUCUGUGACUACUUCCAGCAGGAACAUGACUGAAGGCAGCUUUCCUGGCUCUCUGUCUCGAGCAGAUGCUAGUAACCUCCCUGUAUUAAUUACACCAGGGAAUCAUCUUCAUAUAUUUGUGCUUCCCUCGUGUUAAGUGGCCCAGGGUGUCCAGCGGGGGGAAGGAGAGGGAUUUCGGCUUCGCUUCAUCAUACACUGUAUCACUACCAUAUAGGUAGCAUUCAGAUGUCAUAUUUUAAAAAUGCUUGACAGUGAGCCACGCAUGACACGGUUGAAACCCUAAAACACACAGCCUCGGUGCUGUAAACACAGUAUACAUGGGUCAUACAUGAUUCAUUCUUUCACCAUGUUAAAAGCCCCUUGUUGUAUAAGGCCAGGAUGCUGUCUUGCUGUCUGUCUUUCCAAAACAGAAUUUGUAAAGAAGAUGCGUAAAUACCUAGAACUCAACAUAUGUAGAUGGUUAAAUAGGUGACCUUACUUUUGUACGACAACAAAUAAA